AGCUCAGCUGAGUGCUGACCAUAGAUAAAGACUUUUUUUGACCCAGAUUUUUACUUUGCCGCGGGAAUUGUAAUAUUAUUUUAAAAUCUGCAAAUAAUUAACAACCAAAUGUUGAAAAACGGUCCGAAAAUUUGUAUUUUAUGUCGUAGAUGUUACAGCGAUGUAUUACCUACAAGUGAAAUCAAAGUUAUCAAGAAAGGAAGUCACGUAAUUGACGAAAAACAAGCUGUAAACAACUCUAACCUUCAAGAAGUAAAAAUUGAAGAAAAUUCCAGUUCAAAAGAAUUUAGAGUUAACGAUGUAAACAUUCAAAUGAUAUCGAAGAACAUUUAUGAGCAACUAUUCAAAGAUUCAACUGCAAUAGUUAAUCCCAAUGUAAUUAAAAGCUGUCAAGAUGAUCUCCAGAGGCAUGGCAUAGAUUUCAAAAACAUAACUCACACAUCAGAUGUAAAAUUGAAACUACCAGAACUGGAAGGAAAGGACAUUCUAGAACAUUUUUACAAUAUAGGCAAUAGACAAAGUGCACCCUAUAAAGAGCUUCUGAAUGUGUUAUCAGUCUGCAAGCUUCCAGCUUUACCAAAGGAAUGGCUAAAACAGAAAGGUUGGACCAGGUAUUGCAAAGGAAAAAAUCAGCCGGUGCCUUGCCCCCCCGACGAUGCACUGAUCCUUGAUGUGGAAGUCUUAAUGAAAGCUGGCAAAAGACCUACGCUGGCGUGUGCAGUGUCUCCUGAUGCAUGGUAUGGAUGGGUGAGCGAACCUCUAGCAUGUGGGGAGGAACAUCAGAAAUGCGACAACGUUAGAUAUGAAGACUUGAUACCUUUUGAAACGGACGGCACGGAGCAUUGCGGUGACUUGUGCAGGCCGAGGAUAGUCGUGGGGCAUAACGUGUCGUACGACAGGGCCAAGAUUAAAGAGCAGUAUUGGUUGAAUAAGACAGGUGUAAGAUUCAUGGACACAAUGUCCAUGCAUACGUGCGUUAGCGGCGUCACGAGCUAUCAGCGGACUGUGCUGAAGGCCAAGAACAAGGAACCCCAUUCCUCGGACGACGACUGGAUGGACAAAAGCUCACUCAACAGUUUGACUGAUGUUCACAAUUUAUACUGCGGUAUUCCGAUAAACAAAGAAACUCGUGAUAUAUUCGUCGAGGGAACUCUAGAAGACGUGCACGCGAACUUCCAGAAGCUGAUGAAGUAUUGCGCUGGAGACGUCAUAGCCACACAUAACGUUCUCAGAGAACUGCUGCCUAUGUUCUUGGAAAGGUUCCCACACCCGGUGACCUUGGCUGGGAUGUUGGAGUUAGGAUCAGCCUACCUUCCAGUUAACUCAAAUUGGCAGCAGUACAUAGAUUCAGCGGAAACAGUUUUUGAAGAUCUCAAACUAGAGUCUCGUCAGAUUUUAUCAGCGAAAGCCGAUGAAACAUGUCGUCUCAUGGAAAAUAAGGCUUAUGAAGAUGACCUUUGGAUGUGGGACCAAGAUUGGUCAACCCAAACGUUAAAAUUGAAAAAAAGUGUUAGCAAAAGUAAAAAAAACGAAAAUAAUACUCCUAAUAGAGACACAAUUGAAGUUUUUGUUGCAAAAAAAGAAAAAUCUAGUCGAAAUAUUGAAAUUUUAAACGACGAAUACAUUGAAAGUAUAAAAGUAAAGUUAGAUUUGAGCCAAGAUGUAAAGGAUUUGAGCCAAAAGUUCGGGUAUUUAUAUGAUCUGGAAAAGUCUUUGCCGGUGAAAAGACCGUAUUUAGCAGGCUAUCCAGCUUGGUACAGGAAACUCUGCACGAAGCCGGGCAAAGAUCCCGAUUGGUCGCCAGGAGCUAAUAAUGUAACUACGAGUAUGCAGAUAACUCCUAAACUCCUCCGUCUGUCCUGGGAGGGUUAUCCUCUCCACUACAUCCAGUCAGAAGGGUGGGGGUUUCUCGUACCCUACAGCAGAACACAGGAAGACACCAAGGACGAACCAACUGUGCCUUUACAUAAACUGUUGGAGACUUGCCCUUUAAUGAAUUGCAAGGAGAGUGAAUUUGAGGCUGAUAUACAUAUGCUACCUAAAACUGUCGAGGAGGAUUUGGGAAGGAGAGCGUAUUACGCUAGGAAGAAAAAAGACGAACAAGCUGCUGCUAAUCAGUACCACGGACUCGGAGUUUGGUGCGGUGUACAAAUACAGGGUUGUUGUCAUUUUCUAAGGCUACCGCACAAAGAUGGGCCCAAAUACAAAGUGGGUAAUCCUUUAGCUAAAGAUUUCCUCAACAUGUUCAGUCAAAACGUUCUUUCCGCGCAAGGGAAUGAAGCUGAAAAGGUUCUCUCUUUCGGGCGCAUGAUGUCGUACUGGCGCAACAAUCGCGAACGUGUCAUGGGGCAACAGGUUGUAUGGCUGCCGGAAGAAGUGCUCCCGGACCAUCUGAGGCGUUCCGUACGACGGUACGGCGCUAUCGUACCGCAGGUGGUGGUUUGCGGGACGCUCACUAGGCGGGCGUCUGAACCCACGUGGAUGACUGCCAGUAACGCGCACAAAGAGCGCAUCGGGUCGGAGUUGCGAGCAAUGGUGCAAGCGCCGCCGGGGUACAAGUUUGUAGGCGCUGAUGUUGACUCGCAGGAGCUGUGGAUAGCGGCACUUUUGGGUGACAGCGGUAUCGGUGUAUGCGGGGGCAGUGCGUUCGGUUGGGCCGUACUAGCGGGAGAUAAGCGUUGCGGUACGGACCUGCAUUCCCUGACAGCUAGGGCCGCGGACAUCAACAGGGACCACGCUAAAGUUAUUAACUACGCCAGGAUUUAUGGUGCAGGGCAAAACUUUGCCGAAAGACUAUUGAAACAGUUCAACCCAACUAUGACGAUGUCUGAGGCAAAGAGUAAAGCCGCUAAAAUGUUCACGACAACCAAAGGCCGACGCGUUUAUCGACUGAAGAAGGAAUACAUGGAAGGAUUCAUGGAUGAGGAUUUGGGAGACCAGCCGAUGGAGAUGUCGGGCUACCAAGCGAUGCGACUCGCCAAACUGAGCGGGAAGAAGUUGGAAGAGAUGUUCGAACGCGGCCAGUGGGUGGGCGGUACCGAAUCGCACAUGUUCAACAAACUGGAGGAGAUAGCUGAUUCGGAGUGUCCUGCGACCGCUUUCCUUUUAGGACGGCUAUCACGGGCGUUGGAGCGAGCGGGCGGUCGCUGGGGCGGCACCCGGCUCAACUGGGCAGUGCAAAGCGCCGCUGCAGACUUCUUGCACCUGAUGCUGGUCAGCAUGGCUGAGCUGGCACCCAGUGCCAGAUUCUGCCUGAGCUUCCACGACGAAGUCAGAUACUUGGUCCCCGAUGAACACAAAUAUGAAACAGCACUCGCCUUACAAAUUACGAAUCUUUUCACGAGAGCGUUUUGUUCACAGAGUGUCGGUAUACGCGAUCUGCCAAUGUCGGUGGCGUUUUUCACUUCGGUGGAAGUCGAUCAGGUACUCAGGAAAGAGUCUAAUCUGUGCUGCACAACACCUUCCAACCCACAUGGACUGGAUAAAGGUUACGGGAUACCGCACGGCGAAUCUUUAACGAUAUUCGAUGUACUAGACAAGUGCAAUGCAAAUAAAAUAUAGUUAUGAGAUUACAUUU